AUGAUCGCUGGAGCAGACCCGAACGUGCUUGACAUCGGGAAGAGAAGUCCUCUCCACCUCGCUGCCGAAGCGGGGCACCACCGGGUGGUACGUGUCAUUCUUCUGAAAGGGGCCGACGUAGAUAAAUUGACGUGCUUGUCCAAAACUCCUCUGCGCUUGGCUGCUUCAAAGGGCCACACGCUGUGCGUCUCUGAGCGUUUGCUGGGCCGUGCAGAUAAGGACCGUGCUGGCAGUUUUCUGGGUACUACGCCACUUGUUCAACGCGGCAGAAAACAACCACCUCGGUGUCGUCAAGAAGCUUUGACUGCAGGUGCCGACAGUCGCCGUCCCACCCUCGGCCACUACUUUCCAUUCGACAUUGCUGCAAGGCGUGGUCACGCGAACAUCUUGAAAGCCUUCCUUGAAACAGGAACUGAAGUGGUCGCCGCCGAUGGCAACGGGUGGACAGCCCUACACGGAGCUGCAUCCGGCAUACCUUCCCUUGACAACCGCGGUACUAUCCGUGUUCUGUUGGAAGCUGGGGUUAAUGUCAACGCAAAGGCCACCUGCCGCAGCUUGUACACGCCGCUCCAUUUAACGGUCGAUUAUCGGGUAGCAUCGGUCGGCAUGGUUGGGGCCCUGUUGGAGGGAGGGGCCGACGUCAACGCACGCGCUGAACGCGACCAGACACCACUGCACGUAGCUGGCGGGCGUUCGAAUGUGGCGGCUGUUGAGCUUCUGCUGCGUUGUGGGGUAGAUGAAAAGCUCACGAACGACGAUGGAGAUACCCCCGCAGACGUGAUAGGAGCAGCAGAUCACGCGGGCCACAUGGUCGACAAUGAAGCCGACAACCAGCGCAUUCUCCGAAUGCUGGCACGCGCCCCAGCCGACAUGGCGUCGCCGCGGCUGGCUGGUGCUGAGCCGUUACCGCCCGACCAGGGUGGAGAUCGAGAUCGCAAACGGGAGUUACAGUAG